AUGCAGCGUUCUACCCUUCUUGCACUGGUCUUUCGCAUUGGACUUGCGCUCAUGACGCGUACGUUCUUCCAGCCCGACGAAUUCUUCCAGUCUCUUGAAGUCGCGCAUCGUCUUGUCUUCGGUUAUGGUCACCUCACCUGGGAAUGGUUGUCUCCAAACCCCAUUCGCGGCAUCAUUUAUCCAGCGUUGAACGUACCCAUCUACUGGGGCUUGAAACUGCUGCACCUUGACCAUACUGAUCUACUGAUAUGGGCACCUAAGGUGCUCCACGGCGCCCUGGCUGCAUGCACAGAUAUAUGGCUCUGCGAGCUCGCAAGGCGGGUGGCGGGUGAGAGAUAUGUGUUCACUGCACUCUAUCUCUCACUGACGUCUGUGUUUCAUGGAUUGUCACUCUCGAGAUCGAUGUCCAAUUCCCUUGAGACGUCCUUGACAACCAUCGCAUUGUGCUUCUUCCCGUGGGACGCGUCCCAAGACAUCAAAAUAAAUGCUUACAUUCUCGUCAGGGACGAAAUUCGUAAAAUGCUCUUCUUCGCGGCGCUCGCGUGUGUUGUAAGACCGACAAAUGCACUCUUAUGGGUGUACAUGAUGAGUGCAUUAUUGUGGCGACUGCGUCGGCAUCCAAAUCACUUGACAUCGCUCACGGCUAUAUGCUACAGAUCGGUAACUCUGCUCUCGACGGUCGCACUAGACUCUGCAUACUACGGCGCCUUGACCCUCACACCAUUGAAUUUUCUCCGCACCAACCUCUCGUCCGUGUCCCUGUUCUAUGGGUCUAGUCCCUGGCAUUACUACAUCUCACAAGCUCUACCUAUCCUGUGUUCGAUGGCGUUGCCUUAUGUGCUGCAAGGUGCCUGGCAGGCAGCACACACGACUGGUCUAGCCUCAAAGACGAUGCUGUCGCUCGUCGUCUGGACCAUCGGGGUCUAUUCCCUGGCAGGGCACAAAGAAUGGCGCUUCAUACAUCCAUUACUACCUCUGAUGCACGUUCUUGCGGCAAAAGCGAUCGUAGACACAAAUCCGACUCGUCGUGGUUCAUCGAUCUUCAGCAAAUACUACCGGCAAGUAGUCCUGCUUGGUCUCCCGGCAAUAGUAUACGUCUCGGUCUUCCAUUCUCGGGCUCAGAUUGACGUUAUGCACUAUCUGCGACGUCUUCCCUCGGAAGAAGCGCACUCUGUCGGCUUCCUCGUUCCUUGCCAUUCCACGCCUUGGCAAGCGUAUUUGCAUAGACCGGACCUGGCCGAUCCCGGGCGACUCUGGGCCUUGGGCUGCGAGCCGCCUCUAUCAGGGCAGGACGUAACUGUGUAUCAGGACCAGACCGACGUAUUCUACGCCUCGCCGGCAAAUUACCUUCAAACACACUUCCCGCGUGACGUAGACCCCGCGUUCCCCCCUUCGGAGAUGCCCUGUACCGUACCCGGGGCGCCAACCUUACCGGGUCUGGAAUGGCGCCAUGAGUGGCCACAGAAUCUGGUAGUCUUUGGUGCCCUGUUGGAUGACGCUGAGGUGCGCGGCAUUUUGGAAGAGAAGGAAUACCGUGAGGUCUGGAAGAGCGAGUCGGGGUGGGAGGGUGAUCGGAGGAGACAGGGAGGGGUCCGGGUUUGGCGAGUGCGGCCUGUCGAGCUAGAGUGAUGAUGAUGCCCGCUUGCAGUUUUAACGUUGCGCUCGCACCCGGCUUUUGCUUGCCUCGUACAUAGCCUAUGAACGCCGUGGUAUAUAUGCCUCGAGACCGCUAAAUAGACAGGUCAAGUAGCUCUCCGCUA